AUGUGGCUCCUGGAUGGGGUCAGGCUGGGGAUGCUGGGGAUGCUCCCAGAGGGCCUUGUGGUCGUCACCCUUCCCCCUCCUUUCCCGGAUGAGCUUCCUCACCCCCACCCCGUGUUGCUUACUUUUAUGGACGAGGAUGGGGCACCACUCAGAGAAGCCGGAGGCACUGUCCCCCGCCAGGUGGAGGGAGAAAGGGGUCUCCUGUCUCCUGGGCCAGUAGACAUUGAGCUGGAAUCCUCUUUGGGGAGCUCCUGGUCCUGCCACCCCAGCCUGGCCUUGGCCAUGGUGCUGAAAGCGGUGGAAUCGCCCCCUGCUCCUCAGUCCCCAGAGGCCGCCUGGGGGAGGUUGUUACCUCGGUGUGGCUCCCGUUGUACAGCAACCUGUGUUCUGUAUUCACACAACCUGUCCCUGUGUGGCAGGUGCUGUUAUUAUCAUGCCCAUUGUGCAGAGGAGCAAGCGGAGGACUCUAAAGUCACCCGGGUCAUCUCAGAGCAUCAGAGUCAGGAUUUGAACCUGGCCCCUGACCGGGAUGCUCGGCUCCCUGCAUUCCCUGAGCCCUUGGAGGCCGGGGAGGGGCUCACGCUGGUGCCUUUUCCCCAGGAGGAUGGGCUGCCCCCAGGGACCACGGCGGCACGGAGGAACUUGAUCAGCAGCAUGUUCACCCUGACCACUGGCAUCGUCCUCCUCCUGGGCCUGCUCUUCGCCUCGGUCUAUAUGUACAGACACUACCUGAUACCUCAGAUCUCACACCGGCCCCGGGAGAACGUGUUCCGCUGCGGGGUCCUCUAUGAGGACUCGCUCUCGUCCCCCUUCCACAACCGCCUGGAGCUUCAGGAGAACGUGGAGAUUUACAUCAAGGAAGACUACGAGCACAUCAACAUCCCUGUGCCCCAGUUCGGGGGCGGCGACCCGGCCGACAUCAUCCAUGACUUCCAGCGGGGUCUCACCGCCUACCAUGACAUUGCUCUGGACAAGUGCUACGUCAUUGAGCUCAACACGACCAUCGUGAUGCCCCCCAGGAACCUCCUGGAGCUGCUGGUGAAUGUGAAGAAGGGGACCUACCUGCCCCAGACCUACAUCAUCCAGGAGGAGAUGAUCGUCACCGAGCACGUCAGCGACAUGCAGCAGCUGGGCUCCUUCAUCUACCGCCUGUGCAGCGGCAAAGAGACGUACAGACUGCGGCGCCGGGCCGCGCGGAGACGCAUCAACAAGCGGCAUGCUGGGAACUGCCACCCCAUCCGACACUUCGAGAACACGUUUGUGGUGGAGACGCUGAUCUGCGAGCAGUAGCCCCGGGCCUCGGGCUCCCUUCCCCCUGCUGGCCCCGCUCCUCCCCCCUCCCCGCAUCCCCCGCCGCUCACUCUCCCCCAACUCUUCCCUUGGGCUUUCUCGGGACCUUUCUGUUCUCUGCCCCCGCCCCCUGCAGGGCUGCAGCCCGGACCCGUGUCUCCCCUCUAUCCCUUAGCAGUGCCUGACAGUAGUGGUGGGGGCGGGGUGGGGGUGGGGGGCGCUUAUUGGGUGACUUGCAGACGGAAGUUCAGCGGGAGCCGCGCUUGGGGAGGGUCCAUCCAGACCCCGGAGGCUCCUCUCCCUCUUGGGAGAAAUCCUGGACUCCAGCCUCGUCCUUGGGAGGUUGAGGGCCUAGGCCGGGCUCCUGUCAUCCCGGGGGGGGGGGGG